AUGAAGAUCCCGUCAGCUCUCACAUGCGGCUUACAGACCCUUUCACUAGCCAUCCUCUUCGGGGAGGUGGCUGUCGUGGGCGGGACACCCCUGCCUUCGAAACCUGCUAGGCAGAUAGUCGAUGCUACGGCAAAUCUCCAAGCUGCCACUGUCAAGGGCUUCGCCGAUACACAUGGGAAUUCCGUCUUCCUCGGAAUCCCAUUCGCGGAGACUACUGGUGGUGAGAACAGAUGGAAAGCUCCGAUUGCCAAAAAGUUCAAAAAGGGACAAGUCGUUGACGCGACAAAAUACGGUGCAACAUGCCCACAAGCAAUCUCGGGUACCACAUUUUCGCAGCAGAACGAAGACUGCUUGAACCUCAACAUUUGGGUCCCAUCUUCAACCAGCAAGUGCCCACGGGCGCCACCGCCCCCUCCAAACCCCCCAAACCAUCCUAAUCCUCCAGCAGGUCCGGGUGCACCGAACGAUGCUGGACUUCCAGUUUUCGUGUACAUGUACGGCGGUGCCAUGGUGACUGGUUCGAGCAGCAACCCCCAGUACGUAGGCACAAACUUUGCCAACAAGGGUAUCAUCUUUGUCAGCUUCAAUACACGUGAAAGCUUGUGGGCGUACCCCAACUCUGCCGAGCUUGCUGGUGGAGCAGGAUCGCAAAACUUUGGUAUCCUCGAUGUCGACAUGGCCCUGCAAUGGGUCCGUGACAACAUCGCCCAGUUCGGCGGUAACCCUAACCAUGUCGUUUUUGGAGGCCACUCCUCCGGAUCCGUUCAGGUUGAUCAUUACCUGUGGAACCACCCUGACACAUGGCUCGUCGGUGCUGUCGAGAUGGCCGCGAACGCAAAGUCUGGUCCGGCUGUCGGUCCAGUCAACCAGGCGCUCGACCUCGUCGCUAAGGAAGUUGGCUGCCCAACUGGCAAAGGCCAACUGGCGUGCAUGCGCAAGGUUGACGUCUAUGCUUUCCAAACCACUGCCUUCAAUGCCACCCUCAACACGUACUUUACACCUGUCAUUGAUGAGAAGACGCGUUACAGGGACUACGCCGCGCGCUUCAAGGCCGGCAAGUACGCCUCACACGUUCCUCUCCUGACGGGUAACUCCGACAAGGAGGGUGCCUUGUUUGGCCUGGUUUAUGGUAGCGAGAACACUGACUUCGACACCUGGAUCAACACCUUCGACGCCGAUGUUGCCAAUGUCCCAGAUGAUGUUCUCAAGGCUGCGUACAGCGUCUCCGACUACUCCAGCGUCUCUGCCAUGAGCGGUGCCCAGUACGGCGAUGCACGCUUCUUCUGCCCUGUUGACUAUCUCCUCAACAUGCGCAGCACGAAGCAGAACACUUGGAUCUACCGCUUCUUCGCCCCCUACGCCAAUGUCCUGCCCCUUCCUGUGGACCAUCCCACCCACGGUGCCGAGAUUCCAUUCUUUUUCGGUGGUAACGAGGUCUUUGCAGGACUUUCCGAUGUGACAGCCGAGGAGCAGGCGCUGGCUGACUACCAGAACGACUGGUUUGUAUCCUGGAUCAAGAACCCCACCGCGGGUCCUGGGUGGGAUAAGGCCACGCCCAGCAGCGGUCCAAUAGGUAAGCUGGGCGUUCCUGGCAACGAACUCACUGUCGAGGUUGGCAACACGGCAGACUUCAACGCCAAGUGCAAGAAGGUGUAUGAGCCGUACCUACCGGCGUACCCUGUCAUUCAGAAUGUGCCUGGUGCUGUGAACGCUGACCAAGGCGUCAUCGGCAACUAG